AUGAGCGAUCUUUUCAACAAAAAAGUGCGCCGAAAUUAUCGAUCAAAAGCACGUGAUUCAGACGAGGAAAUUCCCAAUGAGCAAGAGAGCUUGUACGAACAGGGUGCCAAGGGAACAUUUAAUGCGCCAUCUGAUGCCUCGGGUGUGAAAAAGUCCAAAAGUGUGCUCAGUUUUGAGGAUGAUUUAGAUCCAGACGAUGGUGAUGAAUUUAAAGUGAAGAAAAGCAACUUGAGCCGUCGGUUGAAUAAACAAACAAAAGAACACAAAAAAAAACGACCGAGUGACAGUGAUAAUGUCAUUAAAGUUGUUAGCCGAAAAGAACCGAUUGAGAAAAAGCCUGAACCGCCAGAAGAGCCGGUGGAUCCGGAAGAAAAUCUUGAGCGCCUUCGCAAGCAACUGCUUGAUUUGGCCGAAGAAGAAGACCAAGCAGAACCGGCUCCCGUAUCUGACGGUGUUAAGGUUAAUCCACUGUUGCAAAUCAAGUCAUGUUUAACUUAUGUGGAAAAACGCACCAACGAAGAAAAUGUGCAGUCAUACAAACGCUACUAUCCAUAG